AGGGGCACCCGCUUGCCCGAAGCAGACCCGCCCUGAGACCCCGGCAGACGCCCGGCAGGGCCCGGCCGGCACCAUGGAGAUGAACCUCAGCGGCCCCGACAACGCCACCAUCCUGAUGCUGCGGGACCCCGCCAUCGCCGUGGUGCUGCCCGUGGUGUACUCGCUGGUGGCCCUGGUCAGCAUCCCCGGGAACCUGUUCGCGCUGUGGGUGCUGUGCUGCCGCAUCGGCCCCAAGUCCCCCUCCAUCAUCUUCAUGAUCAACCUCAGCGUGACCGACCUGAUGCUGGCCUCCGUGCUGCCCUUCCAGAUCUACUACCACUGCAACGGCCACCACUGGGUGUUCGGCGUGGCGCUCUGCAACACGGUCACCGUGGCCUUCUACGCCAACAUGUACUCGUCCAUCCUCACCAUGACCUGCAUCAGCGUGGAGCGCUACCUGGGCGUGGUCCACCCCCUGACCACCCAGCGCUGGCGCCGCCGCCGCUACGCCGUGGGCGCCUGCGCCCUCACCUGGGCGCUCCUGCUGGCCGCCCUGUACCCGCUGGCGCGCACGGACCUCACCUACGAGGUGGGCGCGCUGGGCAUCAUCACCUGCUUCGACGUGCUCAAGUGGAACAUGCUGCCCAGCCUGGUGACCUGGGCCGUGUUCCUCUUCACGCUGUUCGUGGUGCUGUUCCUCAUCCCCUUCGUGGUCACCGUGGCCUGCUACACGGCCACCAUCCUGAAGCUGCUGCGCACGCAGGACCGGCACGGCCCGGCCCAGCGCCGGCGCUCCGUGCACCUGGCGGCCGUCGUGCUGCUGGCGUUCGUCACGUGCUUCGCGCCCAACAACUUCGUGCUGCUGGUGCACAUGGUGGCGCGCCUCUUCUUCGACCGCAGCUACUACCACGUGUACAAGCUCACGCUGUGCCUCAGCUGCCUCAACAACUGCCUGGACCCCUUCGUGUACUACUUCGCCUCGCGCGAGUUCCAGCUGCGCCUGCGCGGCUACCUGGGCUACGGCCAGCUGGCGGUGGACAGCCUGGACACGCGCAACGAGAGCGUCUGGUCCGGCCGGACGUGCUCGGCGCGCUCCGCGUCCUGCAGCGCCCCCGAGGGCCCCCGGGCGCCCGCGCGGCCGGGCUUCCACAGGCAGGAGAGCGUGUGCUGA